AUGUCUGCGACAUGUCACUCCCCAGAGUUUAAGUUGCAGCUGAACUUAGAUGAUGGGCGGCAUGGCAUUCUAUCUUCAAACUCAAACCACACCACCGCCUGCAGAACUCAAUUCUGCUGUCUUCUCAACAAAUCCAACCUCACCUUUCCUGUUUUGAUCACACCUCGUAUCCGGACCUACGACGAGGGCAGCUUCUCAGCACCUUCCCCUCAACCAACUGCCACUGGCCAGUACUGUUGGAGUUCCACAGCGGUUAUUAUCAAGGAAGCAGACCUCAAGUACAAUGGCGAAAACUUUGAGGAUUUUUUGCACAGAUUCAAACUAGCAGCAGAAAUAUACGGUGCUGGUGGCUUUGAUAAAGCACUUCAGCAUGAUGGAACUGGAAAGGAUGGUUAUAACAAACCCCCUCUUUUGGCAGACGUUAUUGAGGUAGCCAAAGAUGAAAUUCGGGCUAGAUCCAUAAAUGUGUUUGCAGCAAGCGGUUUUGCUGAAGCCAAUCACAUGAUGCAGCGGAGUCUGGAUCAGAAGAAAGGUGAUGCCAGAAAGCGUGAGAAGAUGAAUACUCACAAGGGAAUGAUUGACCCGCUGGGUGGCUCUAUGAACCUCAACCCUGUUGGUACUGUCACAGAGAAGGACAUUCCACGCAGGACAGAGAACCCGGCAGUGUUUUCAACCCCACUACAAUUACCACCUUCAACCAACAAACAUGAGUAUAUCUCAUCCUUACAUAAGAUUGAUUGGGACCCACCCAGAUUAGGGUCUGGAAACUUUGAAAAAGUCAAACUCAAAGCAAACACAGCAACAACCCAAGCAGAAGCACUCCGUGGACAAUGCAAAACUCCGGUCAAAAAGGACAACUUGGAAAUGGACGUGGACCAACUGGACGAACUAGAAGAAUUGGUUCAAGACAUUCCAGCCACUUGA